GUUAAACUGUUGAACGUUGAUCUGUCGACGCAGGACUGGCGUUGCCUCUAAAAAAGGAUUCUACCAUCUCUCGUCUGUCUCUGGUGCAGCCAUGCUGGCGCUGGCGCUAACAGCCGAGUUGGAAGGAGUAACUGACCUGAUUCCUAUCGAUACCGUCGAAUCUCCCUACUAUUAUACAUUCAAAGUGCAGUGUACAUCCUGUCGAGAAACUCACGCCAACUGGGUGGGUGUCAGUCGUCAUGAAUUGAACGAUCAAUCAGGUAGUAGGGGCGAGGCGAAUUUUGUGUGGAAAUGUAAGAACUGCAAGCGAGAAUCUAGCGCCACCAUCAAGGCGGCGCCAGAAGCCUAUGCUCAGACAUCCCCCGCCAAAUCAAAAAGGGUGAUCGAGAUGGAUUGCCGUGGUCUCGAAUUCACCGACUUCAAACCCGAUGGCGAAUGGGAGGCCAAGGGAAUAGAGUCGGGCACGAAAUUUAGUGGCAUUGAUUUGUCGGAAGGGGAGUGGUUUGACUAUGAUGAAAAAGCGGGGGAAGAAGUCAGCAUCAAAGAUAUCAAAUGGGAAAUUCGGCGUGCUUAGAGACAGUGAUUGAAUUCAUGUGUUGAAGAGUGCCUUUACACCGUUCAGUUUAAUGAAUUUACUGAAUGCAC